AUUGUCCUAUUUCCCCCUGAAUGUGGCUCUCUGGCUCUUGGGCGGUGAGGCGAUCGCUUCCCUUAGCGACGACACAAAGACUCUGGUUUAGUCCUUCUCUAUGGUGUUGCCUUCGUUUCUGGACUCCGAUGUUCCUGAGGAACCCACAGAAAUCGAAAAAGACCAGAGUGACACACAGGCCAAACUUCCGGUAAAAAAAUAAUCUAACGCCGCACUGGGUAAUGAGUCUUCACGGACGCAAUGUCGGGCCGCUCUGGGCGUGUACAUCUCUAUCGUGAAACUCCUGUAUUCUUUACAUUAGAAGACACUGGUGGAAUCUCCAAGAAGGCCCGCAUUUGCGAGUGCAACCGGAGGCUGUGCCAAACCCUGUCUGAAAAUAUAGAGCUGACCUGAGAGAGAGAAAGAGAGAUAUUUAGCGGUGCAAAGAGGGAGCGAGGAGAGUAAUAGUUUCUUCCCAUCGGUGCUGGCGGAGGGGGAUCAUCGAGAUGAUGCGCACAGCGAGGAGUAAGAGUCUCUGCAGGUUUCUGACUCCUUCCUCAUGCUGUUCCUGCAAGGUCCCCUGUCCUUCCCCAAAGCCACAUCUUGAUGGACAUUUUGGGCUACUGAGAGAGGGGUGAGGAGCUGUUCCAUCCCUUUGUGUCAUGAUGGAAGACCACACUGAGGAGUGGAAGACAAUGAACACAAGAGUAGUGACCAGAGUGCCUGUGGGAAGAGAUAAGAUGAAUACUCUUUGCCAGGAGCUGCUCCUAUCCGGACCAUCAGAUUCAAGAAAUGAAGACAGCCAUGGCAUCUCCAGUGAAAAUCUAGCCAUGGGACAGAGAUUACUUUUAACAGAGGCUUCUGUGGUAGAAACAGAAACCGGCGACGUUGAGAUACUUGUAGAAGCCGCAGCAAGCAGCAUGUCUCUGAGCAAUCCUGGAAACACUACAGAAGUCGUAGUCAAAGUUGUGGAACUAUAUUUCUGUGAGCAAUGCGGGCAGAGCUUUUCUGAUCCCAGCCUUCUCUCCCAGCAUCAGUGUGCUGAGCUUCCCAGAGAACGCUUCACAAGCAUCCCUCAGCUCCAAGGGUUACCAUUGGGACUUGCUAACCAGAACCUGGCUGUAUCCGGUGAAGACCCAGCUGUCCACCAAGCACCGACACAGAACUUGUCAGAAGGAAGCAGGCAAGAUCUUGAGCCAUGCACUGAGCCCCUCCUGUGUCCCAUUUGCCAAACUGAAUUUGCACUUCCCGGUGAACUGAAGGAGCACUUCAAGGAUCAGCACAAACCUCAGGGUAUCCCAGUUUGCCCCGAGGAAGGUUGUCACUUCAGCUCAGAGGGACCCGCCAUAAGCAGCUGCGAGAUUAAAAUCCUCGCCCGCGAUCCACCAGGAACUGCUCCAGUAGCCCUGUGCUUGCGGGAGCUGCCCCUGUUAUUCCGAACUCAAGAGGACAUGGCACUUCAUCACAGGAACCACUUCCCAUUUCACUGUGGGCAUUGUGACUUCAUCAGUGCGAACACCAAGCAGUUUGGGCAGCACAGGCUCAGCCACAUGCAGGAGAGUUGGGAGGAACAAUUAACGCGAAGCCAAGAGCAAUGUGCACAGCUUCAGUGCUAUGGAGGCAAAGGGACUGACUGAUCAUCUGCUUCUCAACUCAGAGGUAGAAUCGCUGAGCAAAUCAGGGAAUUCUCUUGGAGCUCAGAAUGGUUGGGAGGUGAUGGAAAUAGACCGUGGCCUGGAAGGACAUGUUGAUAGCAGUGAUGUGCUUCAAGAAGGCCAGACAGUAUUAACCAAG